CUUGCGACAAGACAUCAGCAUAGACAUAGACCUGGUCCAUAGUUUGUCUCUACUUGCUCUACAAGAACUUGACAAUCAUCGCAUUAUGGCUGCGCAAUCGAAACCUGAGAUUUCCCCUUGGGGUCGCGCCGUGGCUGGCGCUACAGGCGCUGUUCUGGCCAACGCGCUGGUCUAUCCUCUUGACAUUGUCAAGACUCGUCUCCAGGUUCAAAUCAAGCCAGAUCCUAGCAAAGAACCUUCCCCGACCGACGAACCACACUACACCUCGACAUGGGAUGCCAUCUCGCGAAUCGUUGCCGAUGACGGCAUCAAAGGUCUCUACGCCGGUAUGAACGGUUCUUUGAUCGGAGUUGCGUCAACCAACUUUGCCUACUUCUACUGGUACACCAUUGUCAGAACGCUGUAUCUCAAGUCACGCAAGACAGACGCGAACCCUUCUACCGUCGUGGAGCUCGGUCUAGGUGCUAUCGCAGGAGCCAUUGCACAAGUCUUUACAAUCCCUGUCGCAGUGGUCACCACGCGCCAGCAAACAGCCAGCAAAUGUGAUCGCAAAGGUCUUAUGGCCACAGCUCGGGAGGUCAUCGAUGGCCCAGAUGGUGUAUCAGGUCUUUGGCGAGGUCUCAAGGCCAGCCUGGUCCUUGUUGUGAACCCUGCCAUUACUUACGGCGCGUACGAGCGACUGAAGGAAGUGAUGUACCCUGGCAAGACCAGCCUGAGGCCAGGGGAGGCAUUCUUGUUGGGUGCUAUGUCUAAAGCACUUGCGACGAUCGCCACUCAGCCUUUGAUAGUGGCCAAGGUCGGCCUUCAGUCAAAGCCACCCCCAGCUCGCAAUGGCAAGCCGUUUACCAGUUUCGUUGAGGUCAUGAAGUUCAUCAUAGAACAUGAGGGCAUGCUGGGGCUGUUCAAAGGCAUUGGGCCCCAGAUUCUUAAGGGACUUCUCGUCCAGGGUAUUCUGAUGACAGCAAAGGAGAGGGUUGAGCUGAUGUUUAUCCUCCUGAUUCGAUAUAUUAAGUCCAUUCAACUCCGCAAAAUCAGCCGGGCUGCCGAGAAGACUGCUGUGGCAGCAGCUGCCCACAGCGUUGCUGCACAGCCUGUGACAAGCACUUAGAUUAGGGCAACAGCCGGCGAAGACUAAUCAUGACCAACAUCGUCAACUGUUGAGAGGAAGGGUUUUUGCAAAAAGUGGGAAUAGAAACGGAUAGGUAGGUGUUUUUUGUUUGCACAUUUCUCCAGUAAUUAGCGUUGAAUUCUUUACUGUGACCUUAGUAGUGAUUGUGAGCUACGUCGAGGCUGCUCUUCCUACCUUGUUACA